UUUCAAAAACCCAUAGACAGAAAUCGUCGUCAUCAUCAAUGGCAUUUUCCCUCACUUCUCUCUCCAAAUCACUUUCCUCUCUCCUCCCUUCCCAAUCAAUCCCCCCAAAGCCAUCAGAUUUUGCCCCACCGGUUUCCCAGUGGGACCCCAAAUCGACAUGGGCGCCGACUUCUCUGUCUCUCUCUCUGACGGCGGCCGAUGAAAUCAAUGCCGUAACAUGUCCAUCGCUGGCGUAUUCGAACACCCUUUUCUUCAAAUCGGUUUGCUAUAACGUUCAGGUGGUGGUAGCCGAGAAUGAACCGGAGGAGAAGCUGUUGGGCCGAUUCCGGAGGGCCGUGUUUAAGGCCGGUGUCGUCCAGGAGUGCAAGAGGAGGAUGUUCUUCGAGAGUUCGCAGGAGAAGAAGAAACGUAAAGCAAGAGAGGCCUCUAGAAGGAACCGCAAAAGACGCUUUAAACCAAAGGCUUUCACACAAGCAAAAGAGGAAGGCCCUAAGAAGAAUGAUGAUGAAGAUGAUAAUUGGGACCUUCCUGAAGGAGACUUGCCCUAUUAGCCAGGACUUUUUGAAGACCGAGGGCUUCAUUCGACGAACAAAAUGGAGGGGUUGUCGUUGGUGAGAUGAACAUAUCAUGAGAUACAAGUCGUCUAACGGUGGACGAUGUAGAUCGAGGUUGAAAACAUUUGAACGAUCUUCUGGUGAUUUCAUGACUUUUGAGAGAGAUGUUCUAUAAAUUGAUCCAAUAAGUAGAACGGCGAGGUUGAGGUGAAUGUU